CAAUGUAUUUUAUAAUCCAGAUUGUAUAAUAAAGCUAGCUUUCUUUAUUUCUUGUUUAGUUAGAAUAUAUAUGCACAAUGCUUUUAACACGAAUACUUCUAAGCAAGGCUGGAUGGAGACCAAGAAGUCUAUCUACUCCUGGAAGACAAUGGAUUGGAAAGAAUCGUCGUUAUAGACACAUAACAAAAGGCAUGAGAAAAACUCAACGAAACAGAAUAGCGUUAGCUGAAAAAGUUGAGCAAAUGAUCGAAUUUCCUUACUUAACUCUGGAGGAAGAUAACAUCUUAUUCAGAGAGGAACAGAAUGAAAUGGAGAGGCAAAGGUUAAAGUAUCAGAAACGCAUUUUAGGUUAUGAUGUGUUUGGUUUAGGACUUGGUAAACCGAGUUUUCUUGAUCACUUGAUGGUAUCAGAUACGCGGAGAUAUAAAGCGAACGACGAAAUAGAUUAAAGAGAAACUUCCAUAUACGUGUACAGUAUUUUAAUCGAUGUAAAAUAUAUAUCUUUGAUAA